AUGGUGUUCAACGUUAGUGAAUGAAUUCAAAUUAAGCAGGAUAAUACACACUGGUUCUCUAGCAAACAUAGUUCGCUUUUUAUACUUUCCAGUCUAUUUUCAACAGAGGUCUGGCAGGAGUUACCCCGAACUGUGUGGUAGCUUAGUAGAAUUGAGAAAACCAUCAGUGAGAAAUAGCCUUUACUUUUUGUCAACUUCAUCUUCGUAGUGAACGCCGAAACGGUUGAAACAAAACUGCAUUGCAAGUUUGUUAUAAAUGAUCUCUUAUCUCCAAAGACAUUAAAAAUUCGCCAAUUGCAGCAUGUAAAGAUAAGAGUGGUUUACACAGAUGUUUGGGUAAAUAUUUUAGUUUCUUGUUUAAUUGGAAGUAAUGAUAUUAUAUUGUGUACCUGGAACUCUGGGAAUAUCAUCUACGUAAACAAUUUGAAUGGUUUUUCCGAGAGCAGCGUCAUCAGACCAGGUUGAAUCCGGUGCUUUACCGGUUGAUAGGAUCGAUCAAAAUCUGAUUAUUAUCGAGUUGUUCAACAAUUAAUUUCAAUUUCAAAAUUGGCUACUAAAACAAUAUUUUCUGCUAUGUAAUGAAAACCUUUCGAAACAUCAGUGCAAUGCACCCAUACAGUUAUAAUCAGAGCCGGCGUUACAACGCGCGAGGCCCUGUGCAGAUUAGGCUGCAAAGCUUUUUUGUAUACCACAAGCGCACUGAAUUAAAAGCCACCGUGGCAGUUUUAAUGAUCAUCUUUUGAGGCAGGCUUCGAUUGCACUACACAGUUUACGGACUGCUUAUGCCACGAGUGUCCAAAUCAAAGGGGAGUGAACUCCUCGUGGACAUGCUUUGAUCACCGACGUAUCUCCCAAUGAUGCCGUGAUUUCUCUGCUCGAAACCAUUACUUGAAUAUAGCUUAUUGUAGAGUAGUCGAUUUCAUUUUGAAAAAGAGCCGUAAUAAUUGAAACGAUGGAUGUGGAAUCGAAAGCUCGCUCAAUAUCGUGGAAAGAACAAAGUGCCCUUUCUUGAUAUUUGACUGUUUUCUCAAUAAACGUCACUACACAGUGUAAUGCGGUUUCCGUAGAUUUGCCAUGUUGGUAAGCAUGUUGAUUUUCAUGCAAUGGAGAGCUCUCUAGAAACUCGUUGCAAAUAUAAUUAUCUGGAAUUUUCUCCGUCAACUUAAGAAGGGUUGAUGGCAGACUUAUUGGUCUGAAAUCCCCAUGCAUGCUUUUCUCUUUUUAUCUCCCUUCAUGAACACCACCUCUACUUUCUGCCAACUCUCCAGGAUGUGUCCCAAAGUCAAAUUGGCUCGAAAACGAUUGAUGAGCGAAAACGAUUAUAACGUCGUCUAUUUUCUGUACAAAAAUGGGAGGAGUAACAUCUGGACCUGGAGAUUUCUUUGGUUCAAAAGAGCUAAGUGCCCAUUUCAUCGAAGCCUCCGUGAUCAAUCGGCAUGCAAGCUGAGCCGAGUCAUUUGGCACAUUAUGUAAUGACCCAUUCCAGAGCUGCGCGGCCUAAUUUCAUCGAUUUUUUCUACAUUAUAAAAGGGAAAAGGAAACAAUAAAAAUCAUACAAAUAUUUCUAAACAGCAAAUGUGCUGUAUUGUAUUUAAUGCCAGGGAUUGUCCACUAGAAUUUUUUAACAUUUUUCUCUAGUCAUCACUAAGCGCGAGGCGCCCCUUGAAAUGCGAGGCUCUGUGCGAGCGCACGGGUUUGCCGGCCUAUACACCGGCUCUGGUUAUAAUAACUGAGUUAUUACAUUCUCAUCAAUGUUAGUAAGGUAACCCUUAUGGAGAUUUUGCAUUUAAAAUUUUUGGAGCAAAAUUAGACGAAGGUAUGAAUGGGCCACUAGUCAAAGACAUCACCCUUGAAAAAUCACGCCUAUUUUACGUAAUGACUAAUCAUCGGGUUUUUGCGAUUUGGCACCACUGUGCGCUACUAAAUCCACAUUAUUUGAUGCAGGGCACCAUAUUUGCUCUAAACUGUUUUUCAUUUCCAACUGUGUUCUAAGGUUUUUUUGAAGUUCUGCCUAAUGAUUGCCCAAUAAUUUUUAAUAAGGCGCAACUUUGGUGAGUUAGAAAGGUUCUUCCCAGCGGGUUCUAUCCAAAACAACACGGAUCAUUUGUGACGAAACCCGUUUAUACUUCGUAUUACUUAUUUACUUAGUUAGAUGGCCUUGUGACAAGAUCUGCAUAACGGUAUUCCUCUAUCUAACUCGGUCCAUAACACCAGGCCUCCAGUUCUGCUGGCACCCAGUGUUCAUCAGAUCCCGCCAAAUGGACUUGCCAACUGUAGCCCACUGUAGGCACUUCUGGUUGCAACAACUUAUUUAUGACUGAAAUUAGUCAUAUAUCGUUUGCCACAACUGGUUUGUUACAACUGUGCAAGUAGGGUAGCUAGCUGUGGCCCUCAUCGUUUUCGAAAGCUAUAUUUGCAAGAUAGUUGUCCAACAAUCAAGCGACAUUUCUUGCCCAACGUCUCAAUCCAGCUUUAGCCACUUUCUGAAUACUGAGUUCGCCGAAUUCGUAAUUCAUUCUUCGUCUCCAUUCAUACAUCCAUUCUCUUGCACGCCGGCUUCUGAAAACUCCGCUCGAAAGUCCUCUACUAGCAGUAUUUACGUUUCAUGCCCAUAGUAGACAAUCGGUCUAAUAAGCAUUCCCUGCUAGAUUCUAAUGGGUCCGACAACCCAUCCCGAAUGAGAUCUCGCCAGGAACGGCUAUAAUUGGAAAUAGUACUAGCAGUGCGAAACGAGUGGGUAAAGUAGCAAAUUUUCAAGGAAGGGUAAACCCCAUUACACACAAGCAAAGCACCAAAACAGCAAAACACUAGAGUGAUAUCACAAUGUCAACGGUUCACACACGAAAUAAAAAGCUUUCCCAAAAAGCCUUUUCGUCCAUGGUUUUCCAUAGCUCUUCUUUUUUUACGCUAAAGCAUUGAAAUCAAUGACCCGGUGAUGUCUGAAGACACGCAGUACUACCUCUGCUGGACACGGAGAACUGCUCGGUACUUCUGGAGGAUCUGCCACAGGGUGAAGAUUUGGUCCAUGAAACCGGCUUGAUAACUUUCCACGAAUCUAUUGGCUACUGACGUCAGUGAAUGGAAGAUGACUUGGGAAAGCACUUUGUAAGCGCCGUUCUAGAUGGUGAUCGCUCGGUAGUUCCCACAAUCCAGCUCAACGCCUUUCUUAUAAAUAGGACAAAUAACCCCACCUUUUCACUCCUUCGGGUAUGAAUCCCAAACCUUAACAAUCAAUUGAUGCAAACAGCUGGCCAACUUAUCAGAGCCUAUUUUGAUAAGCUCCGCUCCAAUACCACUUUUAUUGCUGAUUUGUCACUCUUCUUUAACUUCACUUAGCGAUGGGGUUGGAACGUCUCCGUUGUGCACCACCACCGUUGCGUAAAGAAUCGCAAAAUUUAAUUUUUGGCCGUUUCACCAUUUAUUCUGUGAGAAAUAAAAAUUAAUGACAGUGAUGAUUCAAUGCAAUUGUGGUGACACUGCCUCAAAGAAAACCAAUAAAAAUCGCGGAUAGUCUUCCUAGAAUUGCGUAUUGCUAUGCAAUAGGUAUCAUUACCUCCAAUUAAACAAGAUACUAAAAUAUUUCUUCAAAUCCUUAUCUUUACAAUGUAAUAUCGGCCAAUUUACGAUGUCUUUUAGGAUAAGAAACAAUUGAUUUUGAAUUUGCAAUGUAGUGUUGCUUCAACCGUUUAAGCGUUCACUGCGAAAAUAUCAUACAAGAAGAUGAAGCUGGCGAAACGCAAAGACUAUCUUUCACCGAUAGUUUUCUCAAUUCUACUAACUUACUACCGAGUUCGUGGUGAUUCUUGUCAGACCUCUGUUGAAGAUAGAUUGGAAACUAUUAAAAAUGAGCUCUGUUUGCUGGAGAACGAAUUCGAAAAACUAACAACAGAAGUACAAAACGCUGCGUGGUCAAUCGUACGUGCGAAGAAAUCCUUGAGCCAAAUUAAAUACUUAUCGAACGAUUGUACGCUUACCAGCUGUCCUGCGGUAGAACCCGAUGAUGAGGCAUCUAAUAAUUCCUGUACCAAUAUGAACAUGGCUGAUCUCAUGGCGCAAUAUUUCAAAGAAUACCCUAAUGUAGAAAUAAAGUUUACCGAUAUAAGCUCUGAAACAGGCGGUUGCAAUGAAACUACUACCGAUGAAACUCCUCCAUUGGAUCGAUACGAAGUUGUUAAAUCUUGUCGAGAAGCAAAACAGUCAGGGAAUUUUGUUUUAAAAUUGGACAGUACCGAUGAAGGUUUUCCCGUACUCUGCGAUGCCGAAUAUGAAGGUGGAGGCUGGGUAGUCAUACAACAUAGAUUCAACGGAUAUGUUGAUUUUUAUCGUAGUUGGACCGAAUACAGACAAGGAUUUGGAGAAUUCGAUAGUGAAUUUUGGCUGGGAAAUGAUAAGAUCUAUCGGUUAACAGCAGCUGAACCUCGGGAGAUCCAUUUCGUGCUAACGGAUUGGGAAAACAACAGUGCAUUAGCUAAAUAUUCAUCCUUCCAGAUUGGAAACGCAGCAGAGAAAUACGUCUUGAAAAGCCUUGGAACUUAUUCUGGUACUGCAGGAGAUUCUCUGUGGAGAGCAUUGAAUUCAAAGUUCUCGACUGCAGAUCAAGACAACGAUUCCAGCAACGAUAACUGUGCUAUUAUCUAUCAUGGCGCUUGGUGGUACAGCAGUUGCCACAUGUCAAACCUAAAUGGAAAAUAUGUUAAAGGAACGAACACCGAGUAUGCAACCUCGAUGUGUUGGGAAUCUUGGAAAGGGUAUUAUUAUGGAUUGAAAACGUCUAAAAUUUUGAUUCGAUUUUGAAAUUGACGCACCAUACAAUAAAAAAAACUGCUACGUUUUACACAAAUCUUUAUAAUAAAAAUAAUAUGAAUAAU